AUGAAUGAAUUAUAUUAAAAUAAAUGUUAUUUGCGAAUACUCAGUGAAUUUAGGUAUUUGAAAUGUAAUAUAUAGGGAGCUCAAAUUGCCUCCAAGAGUUACCAAUUUAAAAAAGGAUAGUCAACAAACUAAUUAAAUAAAAGAAUUAUUAGGCAAACCUACAAAUCAUCGUAAAAUGUUGAGUGAACAUUAUCCAAAAGUACCCAAACUUAAAAUAGAAUACACUUAUAACAAAAACAAUUCACCAAGGUUCCGUAUUAUCAAGAAUCUCUCUCCUACAAAUACUACAAGAACUUCAAGACCUACUACUCAUCGAACCGUAAGAGCUUAUCUUACUUAAACAAAACAAGGAAAGUUUAAUACUUUACCUUAGACUUAAUAAUUUUAAAAGACCAUUGAAGAAACUCCAUAAUUGGAAUUCUCUUCAAUCUAAAAACCUCCUGCUUUGUAGUCUCCAAAAGAAACAGUAAUAUCAGAAUUUCAAUCUCCUCGUAUUAUGUAACACUUUGAUUUUGAUCAUUAAUUUGUGAAAGCAAAGAUUGAACCACCCAAAAGAUCAAAAAAAUAAUUAAGAAUGAUAUUAUUAAGAGCAAUUAAUAAACUGAAGGCAAUGAAUAUUGAUCCAUAAUAUAUGAUUGAAAAUAAAGUCUUCUCUAAAAAACCUUAUUAAAGAAAAAUGUCAAAUGAAUUUAUACAUGCAGUAAAGUUAAAUCAAAUGGAUAGAGUUAAUGAAUUAUUAGAAUAUAAUAGAUAUCUUGUAUUUGAUUUCGAUUUCUAUAACAUGACUGCAUUACAUUGGGCAUGUAAAAAAGGUUUAGUGGAGAUGGUUGAAUUACUAAUAAAGAAUCAUGCAGAUGUAGAUGCAGUUGAUAUUUUACAUAGAACUCCCCUUUAUCUCGCAAUAUAGGGAAAUCAUCUAGUAAUUGUAGAAGUAAGACUUUUUAUAUUAUGAAUUUAUUAGACUUUAUUGAAAAACAAAGCAUAUCCUUGGUCUACUUAUUAUACAGAUUUAGCUGAAGUGGUUCAAGAUAAUAGAAAAGUCUAAAGACUUCUCACUUUAGUCAGAAGAGUAAAAAUUUGAAAUAAUAUUAGAUUGACAUUAUUAAUACUUGGGGUGAUAAGAAAGUAGAAGAGGAUUGUAUUUGA